AUGCCGGUGACCCUCGAUCCAUCCCAAGCAAUGUCAUCCACGUUGGACUCAAUACAUAUUACACCUCGAACGCCACGGACCGCGUCGAAAUUGCCUAGAAAUGGACAAGCAUACGUGGAAGAUGAUAUAGACGAAGUGCAGAUGUCGUUACUGGGGGAAGAGGAGCGACGAGAGGCCGCAGCAGAUCUUCAAGAUGAAGAAGUACCCGGCCACGAACAGCGAGCAUUGAGUACGAAGGACAAGAGAGGAAUCGUGCUUCUGAUCGUCUUGUACCUCAUUCAGGGCGUUCCCUUGGGACUUGCGCUCGGAUCUGUGCCAUUCCUUCUCCGAGAACAUUUGUCAUAUUCGCAACUCGCCGUGUUUGCUCUCUCCAGUUACCCUUAUUCCCUCAAGCUCUUGUGGUCACCAUUCGUGGAUUCAAAGUACUUCCCAUCAGUUGGCCGUCGCAAGUCAUGGAUCAUUCCAAUGCAAGCUAUCAUCGGCACCUUGAUGCUAUAUAUCUCUUAUAAUGUUCAAGCACUGUUGGACAGCCCAGCGGAUAAUGUCUACAUGUUGACGGCUGUCUUUACCUCAUUGGUGUUGUUCUCUGCGACCCAGGAUAUUGCUGUGGAUGGCUGGGCUCUCACCCUUCUGUCCCAGGAAAACAUCUCAUACGCUUCGACCUGCCAAACUAUUGGCCUGAACUCGGGAUAUUUUGCGUCGUUCACUGUCUUCCUGGCUCUCAAUAGCCAAAACUUCAGUGACAAAUGGGGGAUCCCCCGCCUCGAGCUCGCGACAUAUCUACGUUUCUGGACAGUGAUAUGCUAUUGUGUCACUAUUUGGCUCCUCUUCUUUAAGAAGGAGGAUCCAGAAAGCCACAGCGACGAACCUAUGAGCAUAAAGGUCGUUUACAAGAACAUUUGGGGAAUUUGCAAACUGUCGAACAUUCAAACGAUGCUUAUCGUGCAUCUUCUCGCGAAAAUCGGCUUUCAAGCCAACGAAGCUGUCACUCGUCUGAAGAUGGUCGAGAAGGGUCUCGGUCGUGAAGACCUCGCAAUCGCUGUCCUCAUAGAUUUCCCCUUUCAGAUCUUAGGGGGUUGGCUAGCGGCGAGGCUCUGUACACCCCAAAAACCGCUCAGACCAUGGAUAUGGGCUUACUGGCCCAGGCUUGGUUUCGCGUUAUCAAGCACGUUGAUUGUAUAUUGGUUCCCGAAGCCACCAGUAGGCUACGGCUUCUUCGUAUUCCUGGUAGUGCACACCGUGGCACAAAGCUUCUGCGAAACUCUGCAGUUCGCCGGUAUCUCUGCAUUCCACACGCGGAUAUCGGACCCCCUCAUUGGCGGGACUUACAUGACCUUGCUGAAUACUUUCUCCAACCUGGGAGGUACUUGGCCACGAUUUUUUGUCUUGAAGGGCGUCGACUUCUUCACUGUUGCGACAUGCAAGGUGAAAGAGGCUGGGACUGAGCUCACACUCAAAACUGCCGAGUGUGUCAGCGACGCGGGCAAGGCGCACUGUGCGGACAUCAACGGAGAGUGUGUCACCGAGCAUGACGGCUACUACUACGUCUCCGCCAUAUGCCUUGUACUUGGUGCCAUCUCGAUCGGCUUCUACAUUAUACCGACAGCGCGCAGGCUCCAAUCAUUGCCUCCAGCAAGAUGGCGAGUCAGCGCGGCAUAGACCGCUCAGCUCGGAGGUGCAGCCUGAGGGGCAUUUCUUAGUUGGUGGCCGUAACGAUAGCAAUUCUGGAUGUCUGAAUACAAUGGCUAUGGAUUCGGGCAAUGCACUACAAAAG